CACUGGCCUGCAGCCACGGGGAACCCUCCGGAAGACCUUCUGGGCAGAGACCAGCGAGAAGGUGUCUGCAGCUGUGCAGGGGGACUGAUUGGCUGAAGACCUGCACUGGAGAGCUUCGGACGCCGUAACAGUGAACGAGAAUGGAGGACGAGGAUUACAACAUCUCUGCCUAUGAUGGCGAAUACUCUGACGGUUUCGACUCCAUCAUGGUUUUGGAGGAAUUCCCUCCUCUGGAAGCCAGGGUAGCCAGGAUCUUCCUGGUGGUGGUCUACAGCAUUGUCUGUUUCCUCGGAAUCCUGGGCAAUGGCCUGGUGAUCAUCAUUGCCACCUUCAAGAUGAAGAAGACGGUGAACACUGUAUGGUUCCUCAACCUAGCUGUGGCAGACUUCCUGUUCAAUGUCUUCCUCCCAAUCCACAUUGCCUACGCCGCCAUGGACUACCACUGGAUUUUUGGGACGGCCAUGUGCAAGAUCAGCAACUUCCUGCUCAUCCAUAACAUGUACACCAGCGUCUUCCUGCUGACCAUCAUCAGCUUCGACCGCUGCGUGUCUGUGCUGCUCCCUGUCUGGUCCCAGAACCACCGCAGUGUCCGGCUGGCCUACACUGCCUGUGUGGUUAUCUGGGUCUUGGCUUUCUUCUUGAGUUCCCCAUCCCUCAUCUUCCGGGACACGGCCAAUCUGCAUGGGAAAACAUCCUGCUUCAAUAACUUCAGUCUGUCCUCGGCCAGCUCUUCCCCGUGGCCUGCUUACCCCCAGAUGGAUGAUGUGGGGUACAGCCGGCACAUGCUGGUGACCAUCACCCGUUUCCUCUGUGGCUUCCUGGUCCCGGUCUUCAUUAUCACAGCCUGCUACCUCACCAUCGUCUGCAAGCUGCGGCGCAACCGCCUGACCAAGACCAAGAAGCCCUUCAAGAUCAUCCUGACCAUCAUCAUCACCUUCUUCCUCUGCUGGUGCCCUUACCACUCACUCUACCUCCUGGAGCUCCACCACACUGCCAUGCCUGGCUCCGUCUUCAGCCUGGGGUUGCCCCUGGCCACUGCCAUUGCCAUUGCCAACAGCUGCAUGAACCCCAUUCUGUACGUCUUCAUGGGUCAGGACUUCAAGAAGUUCAAAGUGGCCCUCGUCUCCCGCCUGGUCAAUGCCCUGAGUGAGGACACGGGCCACUCCUCCUACCCCAGCCACAGGAGCUUUACCAAGAUGUCUUCGAUAAAUGAGAGGACUUUGAUGAAUGAGAGAGAGACCAGCAUGCUUUGAGCCUUGUUGGGGAAACCCCCAACGGACAGUCCCAGCCCAGGGAGACCCAAGGAUGUCUUCUGAAGACCAAGGCGAGAACCUCUUCAUUGCACCCACCAAUACCCAUUGCAUUUUGCACAGGGAUGAACAGUGUUUCAAGCUGAGAAUCCAGGCCCUGGAAACCCUCUCUCCAAGUGGGAUGGUGAACAGAGCCUGCUGUGUUGCUCACAGCCUCAGGCCAGCAAGCCAUGCUUCUUGGGAGACCAGACCUGACCAACUCAAAGCAAAAACAGAAGAAUUCUCAAAAGCACUGCCAUGAACUAUAUCAGAAUUAGGCAAUGGGAUUAAGCUACCUACUGAGCAUACACCAGAAAUGACACAAA